AUGGCCACCACCUCGCUCAGCGCCUCGCAAGAGUACCGCUUCGAGGUCGCCGCCGGCGCCGUGGUCACGCUCCGCCUCACCUCGGGCAGCGCCGAGAUGUUUGGCGCCGAGCUCGCUCCGCAGCGCCCGUACGCCUUCACCGGGCCGACGCAUGAGGCUGUCUACACGUGGCAUGGCUGCACCUUUGAGCUCGACGGCGGGUGUCAGCACGCGUACGUUGCGUCCGAGACUCCGAUGGACGCGUACCUCCGGCUGCACACCGAUCUCGACGCUCGGCGCGCGGCGGCGCGCCAGGCGGACACGCACGGGCCGCGGGUGAUCGUGGCGGGCGGCGCAGGCAGCGGCAAGGCGGCGCUGUGCCGCAUGCUCGCCAACUGGGCUGCGCGGCGCGGCGACGGCCCUCUCCUCGUCGAGCUCGACCCGCUCCAUCAGCGCCACGGCGAUCGGGUGGCCGCUGGACGGAGCGCGUCUCCGGCAGAGGCGGCGCUGCACUACCGCCACGUGACUGAGAGGCUCGGCGAGGCGGUGCGGAGGAGGGGUGAGGAGCACGCGGGGACGCGGCACUCCGGCUUCGUCGCCUCGGGCUGCAGCUGGGUCGACGGGGGCGGGUACGACGCGCUCGCGGGGCAGAUCUCGGAGCUCGCCGUCGACGUGUGCGUCGUCAUCGGGGACGACCGGCUCCACUCGCAGCUCCUCUCGCUCGCUCCCUCCCUCGCGUCCAAGCUCGAGGUCCUCAAGCUCCCCCGCUCGGGCGGCGCGAGAUAAGCCGAGAUG